AAAUUCAUCAAUUGAUCGAUUGGAUAUCUUGCUUGGUUGAUAUUAUUCUAUAUAUACGAAUAGGUAUUAAAUCAAACUGAGUUCUCAUCUUGAUACAUUUACCAUCAGCCUAAUACGACCAAGAUAAAGCCAGUAUCAAUAUCCACAACAAAGGAGACGACUUCCGAGUAUAGCAACACUAAAACGCCUAUUCAUCCCCCAAAACGCCCCAAACCCAACCAAACGCCUCGCUAAAGAAUCCAUUUUCAUACUCUUCUCAGCCACAUUUCUGUUCAGUGUAGUCAAGUCAAACUGGGCCUGAGUACAUACAUCAUUUUACCGAGACCGGUCCUAAAGUCGCCCCAAACCAAAAGCAACUAGCUGACCUCAUAUUUCCAAUCAAAUUCAUUCACACACUCACUAUGAUUUCCAACAUCCAAAGAAAGAAAGCGUCUUCUUCCUCUUCAUUCUCAUCAUCCUUGAGAGAACGAGAUCAGAACACUUCAUCGAGCAGCAACAGCCAUCAUCAACCCUUCUCCCAAACGUCCCAAUCCCAACAACAAUACGAGCAAUACAACCCCGAGCAAAAUACUUAUCGUCGCCGUCAUCGCAACUCCUCGGCGACCAAUUGGUCCAUAACAUCUACAAUCCUUAACGAAGUACCUUCUUACCAACAACCAUCUAGAACCUUAGGAAAAACCGACAACCAUUUGGACCCAGAUUCAUACGAAGCGUUUAUGCAAAAUGCCUUGGAAGAAGAGCACAGACGGGAAAGACACGAGCGAGCUGCGCGAAGAGCAAAUGAUGCGUGGCAGCAGGGAUUUCGAAGACCCGAUGAUACUGGUGUGAGAUGUUGGUUACAGGGAUGUGGGUUAGCCAAGUAGAACUGUUAGUUUUGGUGUCAUUCAUUAGCAUUAUAUCAUAUAUAUCGUACAGAUAACGAAUUUCUUUUGUUUUAAGAUGGGAUU